AUGGAGUUCACAUGCAUAGAAGAAUUGGACUUGAAGAUCUUUUCCCUUUUGGGUCCUUGUGAUCUCAUGCGGUCUUGUGUUGUCUCACGUUCCUGGUUCCGGUUCGUGACUAGCUACCCGUUCAUGAGAGACUUAGCGCUACAGAUGGUGAAUGUAGCUAACACCCGAGUCAGUUUCACCAACCAGCACCCUGACUACGCAUUGCUAGUUAGAGCACUCAAGUAUGCUCCUAGGAUUAACUGCCUCUCUGAGGCAGUUAAGGCAUCUUCUCAUCAUCAUCAUGACGUAUAUGACAACAUCUCAAACACCAUCCAUGACUUUAUGCUGGCGGGUCCUUGGAUGAGCAGAGGACGAACUGAUCCAUCGGGAACAGAGUGGCUCAUGUAUAAACUGACUGAGUUGUCUCUCGUUGGUAGCAUCAGAAUCUACCUAGAACCAUCUUAUCCUAGUCUACAUGUCUCUCCAGUCUACGGAGCUCGUGCUGUUCGCUUCAUCUUUGGAGAUGUUAGUGAAGAAGAUGUCUUCAGUGCCACUUUUACUACACCGUUGUUUCCAAUGACUCAGAACAGGUGCCAGAAGUUUAGUCUGGAGAAACCUCUUAUUUGCAUCAACAAGUUUCUGGUUGUGGAGUUUCAUCAACCAGUUCUAUCACUUGGUGGUCUAUACCGUAUGGGGGUCUCGUAUAUCCGUGUCAAGGGAAGAGAUCUUGGAAGCUCGUUUAGACCUACGUUUGUUUCUCCCACAGGGGACGUGGUGCUGCAAGCGACCACUUACUUGGACCCAAAGAAACGAAAACCUCUUGUGAGGGAGAUGAUGAGGAGAGGAUUUAGAAAGGUGAAUAAUGCUUCUGUUCAUUGUAAAGUAAGGAGUUACAAGUGUUUACAUAUCCAAAAGCCUGAGGCAAGCUCUGCUUCAAUAGUAGUAUCUCAAGGUCAGGAAAAUCUUGGUUCUGUGAAUUUGAAUAGUGGUAUGCAGAAAUCUUUGUUCUGCUCCGAGAUUCUUGAAGGCUUAUGA